AUGCCGGGUGAUGACGUCUACCCUGUAAUCCCUUACUUCCGCCCAACUCGACUCUUUAUACAACCCGCCAGUUCCCCAGAUGCUGGCAGGGUCGUCACAGCAUCUGAGAGAAAUCAUCGCCCUCGACCCUCCUUCACGCCAUAUUUCAUACCUGAACCCAGGGUCCUUCGGCCACCUGAGCCAACAGCUCCGAUGGCUGCCCUCGCUAUCCCAUCCACGAUUGCUGCCCCUGUUGCUUCACGGCCAAGCACACUGGUCCCUUUGUCACUCAAGUUUGUUGCUAUGCAGCCAGGAAUUACUGCUAGCGGAGUUGCACCAGCGGCCCCUGCCAUCUUUCCUGGUCCUGCUGCUGUGCAGCCAACUACACCAGCCCUCAUUAACGUCAAUUCCCUUGUCAAAAAACAGAUCCUCAAUUCUGCAAAAAGAAGAAUCUUACGAUUCUUCUUGACGGCAUCUGCAAUGGCCGGUACUGAUGAGUCGUCUUCCAUGCCAGGUAUGAAUGUUACAAUCCGAACGACAAGUAGUGAACGUCAGCAGGUGACAGCCAGCCUGGAACUGCUGUUUUCGGAAGCUAUUGGACAUGCGACCUCAGGUAUCUCACAAUUCCUCUCCACCUCGGCGUUACAUCGACAUCAACAACUCAACUACGCCUUUGGUGCUAUGGGUGCAGCUGUGAAAUUAGCACUGCGGGAGCAGAUUCCCCAUCCACCAGUCAUCCUGCCAUUCACGCAACACGAAGGGAGUGAGACAUUCGAGGACAUUGUGCGCUACAUUGGCAACAUGGAUGGUGUCCAGAGAAUUGCAUUCGACUAUCGGAAAUCUCAUAUGUUAAGCAUUGGGGACUCGCAGGUUCGAUCGAACUAA